CCCUUCCUCGUCUGCUUCUGCUUCUGCUCCCUCCACCACCACACCUCCACCCAUCGCUCCACGCUUCCCUCGAUUCGAUUAUAUAUAACGCUUCGGUCGAUCCAUCGUCUGUUCGUUAAGAAUAUUAAAGAGAACGUCGAAAUGCCUCCCAAGAAAGCUUCCACCGCCGCCGCCGCCAAGAAGGCUGCUGGCUCCGGCCACGCCUCCUACAGAGAUAUGAUCAAGGAUGCCAUCAUCAAUUUGAAAGAACGCAAUGGUAGCAGCCGUCAGUCAAUCAAAAAAUACGUCCAGGCCAACAACAAGGUCGCCGUCGCGUCGCCGGCCGCCUUCGACUCCCAGUUCAACAAGGCCAUCAAGGCCGGUGUGGAGAAGGGCGAAUUCAGCCAGCCAAAAGGUCCUUCCGGCCCCGUGAAACUCGCCAAGAAGGAAGCCACCAAGCCAGCUGUCAAGAAGCCUGCUGCGAAGGCUGCCCCCGCGAAAAAGACCACCGCCAAGAAGACUGAAAAGACCACUGCCGCCAAGCCCAAGAAGGCCACCACCGCCAAGAAGACCGCUGCUAAGCCCAAGGCCAACACAGCGAAGCCUCGCAAGACCUCCACAGCCGCCCCUGCAGUUGUCGAACCCGCCAAGGUCACCACCAAGACCAAGUCGGGACGCAUCACAAAAGUCGCCGCGAAACCAGCGACCAAGAAGGCUGCCCCCAGGAAGAAGGCCGCCAAGGCAUAGAUGACUGCUGCGGAUGGCUCUGUUGACGAAGUUUGACUGUAUUCCCUUUGUAAUGCCCUAAGAUAUCUUUUGUUCAGGGUUUUUUUAUUUUCGUCUCGUCUUGUUUUUGGUCUACGUCUUUUGGAAGACGACUUCUCCCAUACGACGGAUAUGGUAUUGUUGUGUCUAUGUUUAUCUAUACUUGGUAUUGGCUGGCGUCGCUUGGUGGGUGUCUUUGGGAAAUUAUGUUGAUUUGGGUUGAUGUCUGAACUGACUGGAUGGAUUUCAAAUUUGCGGGACUUCAACUUGCUUGGUUUGGGCUAAGUAGUGUACAAAUCAAUGUUUUUAUUAAAGCAGUCUAUCCCGUAUAUAGGUGUACAUAUUAAUUUAUAUGUACAUGUACGUAGUUGAUGAGUGUCCGUAGAGCAGAUAAUACCGUUAUCCACAUGUCAAUCGAUGGGUCAAUUCAUGUAUCCGUGAUGUCGCUUCCUG